UUUCAUAAAUUACGGUCGUUACGUUCAGAAUUUCAAAGGCAUUGUUUUGGGGUGUCUUCUUUUUAAUACAAAGUGCGCGUGCGUGGUGAAUUUAAGCGGCAGCUGAAAACGAAAACGAAAGUGUUGUGUUUUUGUUUGCAAUAGAAACAAAUUGAGAAACAACAAAUUUCCUAAAAAUUCUUUUUGGAAAAAUCAAAAAUUAAAACUGAAAAAUAUUAACAAAAUGAAAGUUUUUGUGUUGACCGGUAUCUGCUUGUUCAGUGUUUUAAGUGUGGGUUUGGCCCAAUUCUCAAAUGGUCGCGUCUUGGAUCCACCAAAUCCACAAUUGUGUGCCCAACGUAUUAUCCACGAAAAGACACCCGAUGGCAAAGGAUACUUCUUCUCUUGGCGCGACCCUGCCCUAAAGGGUGUUGAGGAAGAUUGGCUGAGUGCCAGAAAUUACUGUCGCAGACGUUGUAUGGACUCUGUUUCGUUGGAAACAAGCUUGGAAAACGAAUGGAUUAAACAACGUGUUGUGGGAGAAAAUGUAAAAUACAUCUGGACCUCUGGCCGUCUCUGUGACUUCAAGGGCUGUGAACGUCCCGACUUGCAACCUGCCAACAUUAAUGGCUGGUUCUGGACUGCCACUUUGCAAAAAUUGGCUCCCACCAAUGAACGCAGUCAAGGUGAUUGGUCUCCCACCGGUGGUAUUGGUCUACCUCAACCCGAUAACCGUGAAUACAAACAAAAUGGUGCUCCCGAAAACUGUUUGGCCCUUUUGAAUCAAUUCUACAAUGAUGGUGUCAACUGGCACGAUGUGGCUUGUCAUCACAAGAAACCUUUUGUAUGUGAGGAAAAUGAUGCCCUCUUGAAAUAUGUGCGUUACACCAAUCCUCAACUGCGUAUUUAAGUUAAACGAAGAAGGAAGGAAGGAUGUUCCCAAAGGAGCAGCAUUAGUAAAGGAGGAGCUGCUGCAUCAAACUAUAUACCUUUCCCCCUAAAACCUAAAACCCGUCUCUUAGAAACCAAAAAUAUUUAAAAAAAUUGAGAACUUUUUCUUUCCUUAUGUUUCAAUUUCUCAGCUUGUGUUUCUUGCUCCUAAAGUCCAAUCCUAAGCAAAUUUCUAUUCCUUAUGACCUUUCAUUUUGUUUAG